CUGUGGCUCAGCCGGCGCUCGCUUCACGGACACAUCAAUCAAACAAGGGGCGGAGCCUGCGGCUCAGCCGGCGCUCGCUCCUGCGGGCCCGGAAGUUUGAGGGAGAGGUGGUGAAUGGAGCGAGAGUUGGCAUGGAGACGCCCAGGAGCAGUUUCUUCAGGGCCCGGCGGUCCGCUGCUUCGGAGCCGGUCAAAUUGAGAAAAAGGAAAUCGACGCUAUAUAGUAAAGAAUGCACGAACGUGGAGCAGGGAACAGGAUUAUUGGGUCCAAACACUUAUUUAAUGAUGUUCUCCAUAGCUUUGAGAUCUGUGAACUGCCUUCUGGUCCAGACUAGCUUUGUUGCUGAUGAGUAUUGGCAGUCACUCGAAGUUGCUCACAAUAUGGUCUUCAAGUAUGGUUAUUUAACGUGGGAGUGGAAAGAAAGGCUACGAGGCUACACCUACCCUUUGAUUUUUGCAAUCUUCUAUAAGUUGUUGCAAAUAUUCAAGAAGGACACAGUACAACUGCUGAUUUGGAUUCCUCGACUGGUCCAGUCUUUUUUGGCAGCACUGGCAGAUGUAAAAUUAUAUUCCAUUGUGAAGAAACAGGCCGAUGCAGAGACAGCAAAGUGGGUGUACUUCUGUCAGCUGUGCUCCUGGUUCACAUGGUAUUGUAGUACCCGAACUAUUACCAAUAGCAUGGAAGCUGUUCUAACCAGCUUUAUACUUUAUUACUACCCUCUUCAGGGAACAAAGACUGGAAGCAGUUCAAAAUAUCUGGCUUUGACUGCAUUUGCAUUUACUGUGCGUCCCACUGCUAUUAUUCUUUGGCUGCCGCUGGUAUUUACUCAUUUCUGGCAAGAAAUAAAGAAACUGGAUCUUCUCUUAUACAAAUGUCUACCAGUUGGAUGCUUAUCACUUGGGAUUUCACUGAUCAUUGACCGAAUAUUUUAUGGUGAGUGGGUAAUGGUUCAGUGGAAUUUUCUCCGAUUCAAUGUGAUUGAGAAUAUGGGGUCAUUCUAUGGCUCCCAUCCCUGGUACUGGUACUUCACUCAAGGAUUUCCUGUUAUCAUGGGAACACAUUUGCCAUUCUUCAUCCAUGGAUGUUUCCUGGCACCCAAGAGGAACAGAAUUUUACUACUGGCAGUUCUUUGGACCAUUGUUGUAUACAGCUUCUUAAGCCACAAAGAGUUUAGAUUUAUUUAUCCAAUAAUGCCCAUCUGCAUGGUACUUUGUGGGUAUUCACUGGCUAAUUUGAAAGCUUGGAAGAAACCAGCAGUCAUUUUCCUGUUUCUUUCCAAUUUGUGUUUAAUUCUGUAUACUGGAUUAAUUCAUCAGCGUGGAACACUCGAUGUAAUGCACUAUGUUCAGAAACUCUGUAAGGGCACCAUGCUGGAGAAGGAAGAGCCCUCCAUGUUCUUUCUGAUGCCUUGUCAUUCAACUCCAUUCUACAGGUCAAUGGCAGAUGCAAUCUUAAUGGCUCUAGACACAUGGACAACACAAGCACCUUUGUCAGGAUGCUGUUCAUCGACUCAGCAUUUCAUACCAUCAUUCUCACAAUCCUGAUUGAGAAGUUGCAGAACUUGUGCCUCUGUACCUUCCUCUGCAAUUGGAUCUUUGACUUCCCAACCAGAAGAUCACAGUCUCUGUGGAUUGGUGAUAAUAUCUCCUCCUCGCUGAUGAUCAACACUGGUGCACAUCAGGGCUGUGUGUUUAGCCCAAUGCUCUACUCUCUCUAUACCCAUGACUGUGUGCUAGGCAUAGCUCAAAUACCAUCUAUAAAUUUGCUGGUGAUACAACCAUUGUUGGUAGAAUCUCAGGUGGUGACGAGAGGGUGUACAGGAGCAAGAUAUGCCAACUAAUGGAGUGCGACUGCAGCAGCAACCUGGCACUCAACAUCAGUAAGACGAAAGAGCUGAUUAUGGUCCUCUGGAAGGGUAAAAUGAAGGAACACGUACCAAAUCCUCAUAAGGAUCAGAAGUGAAGAGAGUGAGCAGUUCCAAGUUUCUGGACGUCAAGAUCUCUGAGAGUCUAACCUGGUUCCAACAUAUCAAUGCAGUUAUAAAGAAGGCAAGACAGUGACUAUACUUCAUUAGGAGUUUGAUGAGAUUUGGCAUGUCAACAAACAAACUCAAAAACUUCUAUAGAUGUACCGUAGAGAGCAUUCUGACAGGCUGCAUCACUGUCUGGUAUGGGGGGGGGGGGGGGGCUACUGCACAGGACUGAAAAGAAGCUGCAGAGGGUUGUAAAUUUAGUCAGCUCCAUCUUGGGUACUAGCCUACAAAGUACCCAGGACAUCUUCAUAGAGUGGUGUCUCAGAAAGGCAGCGUUUGUUAUUAAGGACCUCCAGCACCCAGGAUAUGCCAUUUAUUCACUGUUACCAUCAAGUAGGAGGUACAGAAACCUGAAGGCACACACUCAGUGAUUCAGGGACAGCUUCUUCCACUCUGCCAUCCGAUUCCUAAAUGGACAUUGAACCUGUGAACACUACCUCACUUUUUAAAUAUAUAUUUCUGUUUUUGCACAAUUUUUAAUUAUUCAAUAUACAUAUACUGUAAUUGAUUUAUUUAUUUAGUUAUUAUUUAUUUUUUCUUCUAUCUUAUGUAUUGCAUUGAACUGCUGCUGCAAUGUUAACAAAUUUCGUGACACAUGCCGGAGAUAAUAAAUCUGAUUCUGAGAAAACUUGCUUCAAAUUUGGUAGGCUCUGAAUUGAAAUAUUUUUCCAGAAAUUUAAGUGCAGCAACUAUGUUGUAAGUUUAGGGCAAUAUUGAGUCAUAUCUUUAAGAAGUGUCAUUAAAGUGAAUCCCUGUCUACCCUCUAAAGUAGCUUUCCUAUGUGAAGAUGGACAUUCUUGUAUUCUGGCUAAUAUUUGUCCAAGUACCGACACUGAGACGUGUGUAGGGUCUUUUGUCAUAUGCAGUUUAACUGUUGAAUUGCCCUGGAUCACACUUGUGACCUUCAUGCAAAAUAUUUCAUUAGCCAUGAAGUACUUUAAUGUAUCCUAAGGUACUACAUAAGUUAAAAUGUAUUUAAUUCUUUAUUGCAAUAUUAGAAAUAGAAUGAAUACCUUGCCAUUAAACUAAUUAGCAUAGUCAUUUUCUUAUUUAGUGACAUGUUCAAUACCAAAGUUAAUGUAUAGUAAAGACUAUAUUCUGUUUGUUCAGUGACAUCUUUAAUAAAAAAAAUCUAGAUAUAAAAUGAUGCUUGUGUGACUUGUUCUGUCCUACUUAAUUUUAGUAUUAGUAGUAGAAUAGGAAUUUCUACAAGUGUAUCUACAUUCAGUUAGCUGCAAAGUAAAAAGCAAUAGUCAAGAAAUUUGUGAAAUGUCUGAAGCUAUCAUCCUUCCAAUACAAAUGCAUACAAUUAAAGUAAUGUAUCAAAAAAGAGGACUGUUGUGACUCAAAAACAUGAGUUUGGAUCUUCUCUGAAGAUCUUUUUUUAAAAAAUGAAUACUACUUCUACAUCACAGAAAUGGACAAAUAUUGCAAGGUUGUUUUGCAGAGCUUUGGUAAAGAUCUUGGAGUAGAAUCAUAGAGUAGGACAAUUUGCCCAUGAUUGGCCCAUAUCCCUUUAAUCUAUGUACUCGUGCAAGUGAGUAGGUCUUUAAGCAAUUCUCGUAUCUGGGAAAAGUCAUUAAGCUUAAGAGGAAUUAUGCUCCGGAUUUCUACAUGAAGCUUA